GCAAGCUACCAAAGGCGGUGGAGCUGGUGCUGCUGAUGUCAGAGCCAGAAGACAGUUGUGAUUGGAUCUAAUUAGACUUUGCAGCAGCAAAUAGACGAGCUCCCUGCGUGAUUGGCUUUAAAGUGGAUGGUGCCAAACAACUCGCAGAGGCGCAAAAGUAGCAGCCCUGCUUCUGGAGCCCAGACAAGAGGAGAGAGCUCCAGGGCUCUCAGGACGCGCGGGAGAAUCUUUCUCAGAGCUUUCUGCCUUAGGAAGGGUUCAGCUUUCCAGCGUGCAUCCGAGGCUUUCAGCUCAUCCGGAACCAAGCAACGGGGCAAUUAUAGAGAAGGUGCUUGCUGGCGUGCUCAGUCCUAAAAAGUGAGCCUGAUACUUGAUUUGCAAAACCAGAAAUACUCCUGGCUGCGGCCCCAGCAGCAAGACUAAGAAAGGUGAAAUUGCUGAAAGACCGGCUCCUCUCUGGGUCUCCUGACCGGCAUGGCAUCUGUCCUGGGGAGUGGCAGAGGGUCUGGAGGGCUAAGCAGUCAACUCAAAUGCAAGUCCAAGAGGAGGAGGAGGAGGAGGUCCAAGAGGAAAGACAAAGUCAGCAUACUGUCAACCUUCCUCGCUCCUUUCAAGUACCUAAGUCCUGGCACCACAAACACGGAGGAUGAAGAUAACUUAAGUACCAGCAGUGCUGAAGUGAAGGAAAACAGAAACGUGAGCAACCUGGGGACCAGGCCCCUGCCCUCUGGAGACUGGGCCAGAGGCAGCACACCCAGCGUGAAAAGGAAAAGGCCGCUGGAGGAAGGAAAUGGGGGACAUUUCUGCAAACUCCAGCUGAUCUGGAAGAAGCUCUCCUGGUCUAUGACACCCAAGAAUGCGCUGGUCCAGCUGCAUGAGCUGAAGCCAGGUCUGCAGUACCGGAUGGUGUCACAGACUGGCCCAGUGCACGCCCCAGUGUUCGCUGUGGCUGUGGAAGUGAACGGGCUCACAUUUGAAGGUACGGGGCCCACUAAGAAGAAGGCCAAGAUGCGGGCAGCAGAAAUGGCCCUGAAGUCCUUCGUGCAGUUCCCCAAUGCAUUCCAGGCCCACCUGGCCAUGGGCAGUAGUACCAGUCCGUGCACUGACUUCACCUCUGACCAGGCUGACUUCCCAGACACAUUGUUCAAGGAGUUCGAACCAUCCUCAAAAACCGAGGAUUUCCCGGGCUGUCGUCCUGUUGACACAGAGUUUCUGUCCUCUGCCUACCGGCGAGGGCGGCUGCUCUACCACACACUGGACCUCAUGGGCCAGGCUUUGCCUGACAGGUCCAGGCUGGCCCCCGGGGGCCUGGGUGAGAGGAACCCUGUAGUGGUGCUGAAUGAGUUACGCUCAGGUCUUCGGUAUGUGUGCCUCUCCGAGACAGCCGAGAAGCCCCGAGUCAAGAGCUUUGUCAUGGCUGUGAGCGUGGACGGGAGGACGUUCGAAGGCUCUGGACGCAGCAAGAAGCUGGCCAAGGGCCAAGCAGCACAAGCUGCCUUGCAGGCCCUCUUCAAUAUCCGGCUGCCUGGUCACAUACCCAGCAGGAGUAAAAGCAACCUCUUGCCACAGGAUUUUGCAGACUCUGUGUCCCAGAUGGUCACACAGAAGUUCCGUGAACUGACAGUCGGCCUGACAUCUGUGUAUGCCCGCCACAAAACACUGGCAGGAAUCGUCAUGACCAAAGGCUUGGACACCAAACAAGCACAGGUCAUCGUUCUGUCUUCUGGAACCAAGUGUAUCAGCGGUGAACACAUCAGUGACCAGGGGCUGGUUGUCAACGACUGUCAUGCUGAGAUCGUGGCCAGGCGGGCAUUUCUUCACUUCCUCUACACUCAGCUGGAGCUGCACUUGAGCAAGCAUCAAGAAGACCCUGAGAGAUCAAUAUUCAUACGUUUAAAAGAAGGAGGCUACAGGCUGCGAGAAAACAUCCUCUUCCAUCUCUAUGUGAGCACAUCCCCCUGCGGAGAUGCCAGAGUCAACUCUCCCUAUGAAAUCACAACAGACUUGAACAGCAGCAAACACAUCGUCAGGAAGUUCCGAGGGCACCUGCGCACCAAAAUUGAGUCUGGGGAAGGAACAGUCCCUGUGCGGGGUCCCAGUGCAGUCCAGACGUGGGAUGGCAUCCUGCUGGGGGAGCAGCUAGUCACCAUGUCCUGCACAGACAAGAUUGCCAGCUGGAAUGUGCUGGGACUACAAGGCGCUCUCCUCUGUCACUUCAUCGAGCCUGUGUACCUCCACAGCAUCAUUGUGGGCAGCCUGCACCACACGGGCCAUCUUGCACGGGUCAUGAGCCACAGGAUGGAGGGCAUCGGCCAGCUGCCUGCCUCAUAUCGACAAAACAGGCCUCUCCUUAGUGGUGUGAGUAACGCCGAGGCCCGGCAGCCAGGAAAGUCUCCCCACUUCAGUGCCAACUGGGUCGUGGGCAGCACCGACCUGGAGAUCAUUAAUGCCACAACUGGGAAGAGGAGCUGUGGGGCCUCAUCCCGGCUCUGCAAGCACAUGUUUUCUGCUCGGUGGGCACGGCUGCAUGGUAGGCUAAGCACACGGAUCCCAGGCCAUGGAGACACACCAUCCAUGUACUGUGAGGCCAAGUGUGGGGCUCACACCUACCAGUCUGUUAAACAGCAGCUCUUCAGGGCUUUUCAGAAAGCUGGUCUUGGCACCUGGGUGAGAAAACCUCCAGAGCAAGAUCAGUUUCUACUAAGUCCCUAAGUCUCUAGACUCCUUUGCUACUGGACCAGAGUGAGAUGCCUGGAGAAGAUGAAGCCGUAUGAUGGUGUGGUGUGUUCAUCAGUUCUUAACCUUUGUUCUCCUUCAUUGUUCAGGAACACACAGCUCCGCGUGUGGAUGAGGGAUUAGAUUUGAGUUUGGGUUAUGCUGCUUCUCCCUAGGCUGUUAGUUCCGAGAACCCUGUCCACCAUAGCUAGAAAUAGAAGCAUUAUUGUAUCAGCCCCAUCCCUUACUGGGUGUCAAAAGGAAAUUAUCUGUUCAGGUAAGGGGAGCCCAGAGGCAAGAGUGAAAAGUGGGUACUAAAGUGUAGCUUCGUGCAACUUCCACUGGGCUUCCCUUCCCUUCCAAGGGCCUCUCUAAUGGUGUGAUCAAGUCUCACCAGCACAAGUUUAUACGACAUUUCAAGAUAAGCCACCAGUGAACAGGAAAGCCAUGGGCUCCCCAACUCCAAAGAACCCAACAGGAAUGCUAUAUUGCUUUUCAUAGAUAAUGACAGCUAUGUAAGUGAAAACUGUAAGAUGGUUAACCACUACCCAAUAAUAUCUCUACUAGGGACUGGGAAUAAAAUUGAGUCUUAGAUCAAAUUCUAAAUUUUAAGUGAAUUUUUAUUAGAUAGAAAGCAUACAGACACACACACACAUGCGCACACAGACACACACACACACACACACAUGCGCACACAGACACACACACACACACUCACACACUCACACACACACACACACACUCACACACACACACACACACACACACUCACACACACACACAUGCGCACACAGACACACACACAUACACACACACACACACACCACUCAGUGCAAUCUUAGGUUUGAGGAGCUAUAUGCUUUCUAUCAUUUUAGGUUCCUUGAUCAUCAUGUUGCAUGAAUAAAAUAAUAACAAUGAAAAUAAUGAUGACUUACCAUAGCUGUCAAAAUUAAAGACAGAACCAUGCCACUUUUAGAAUGAGUAUUAGAAUUCAUGAGUGGACAUAGAUUUCUUUAAUAUUUAGCCUACAUCAUCAUCCCUAUGAGGAAAAAAAUACAGGCAAGGGGAGGCAUGUUGCGAACCAAUGUUUCUUGAACUAAUUGUUUUUAAACACUUGGCGCUAGCUCAUUUCUAACAUUCAUCAAGUUAGUUUACAUGUAUCUAAUCUUUUCUAUUUUAAAAAAAUCCCAUCUGACGGGCUGGAGAGAGGGCUCAGCAGUUCAGAGCACUUGCUGCGUUUAUAGAGGAUUCUGGUUGAGUUCCCAGCUUCUGCAUGGCAGAUAACAACCACCCAUAACUCCAGCCCCAGUGGCUCCACACAUCCCUGCAGUACACCUAUAUAAAUGUGGGCAAAUUAUCAUAGACAUAAAGUUAAAAUAAAUAAAUCCUUUUUAAUCCCAUCUGAGAUGCAUUAAGGAUUUCUGUUUCAUUUUGUUUUGUUUUUAAAGAAUAGGGGGAACCAUGUCUAGAAUAUGGGAGUCUUGAUUAGAAUUCCAGUUCAUCAGUCCCCAGUAAAAUUCAAUCAUUACAUCAUGAUGCUUUUAUUCUAUCUUAUACUACAGAUAUCAUAAGAUGCAGUAAACAUGAAAUACAUUGAAUUGUAGCUAUCUGAUUCAAUAAAAAGAAGAGUGGAGAUAUUAAUUCCCGGGAUUUAAUAUGAGAUCACAUCACUAAAGUCCUUUGAGAAAAGAAUAUGAGCACCAUUGUAGGAAUAUUUUCAAGAUAAACUUUCAAAGACAUGCAAAUGUUUCUGAAAAUGAGUGAUUCAUAUCACUUGCUCAUAAAUACUGAGGAAAGUGUAAUCUUAACUCAGGGUAAAGGCUAAGAUCAAAAUGCCAACUUACAGUGAUCUCUGAUAACUUGACAUAUCACUAGGAGGAAGCUUAGAAACCCAAGACACCUUGAGAACUGAAUGUGGCUUAGCUGCAAUCCUUCAAAUGUUAGGCACAAUUUCUUCCUAGCUGAACUCUAGAACCUGCCCUCAAACCAUUUUUGUUCUGAGCUAUUAAAUGGAGAACACACAGCACUUCAGAGCAGUGAGCUCCAAACAGUGUUGUGGCUUAUAAAAUUAAUUGGCAAUAACUUUGGGGUCUUAAACAAGAUGGAAAGGGGCAGAAUGGGGUACCUUUCUGAUACUCUCAGUGAAUCCCAUCACUUUGGCCUAGAGAAAGCAGUGACUACCCAGAACCAUCAUGGGUAUAAAUUCCAGGGCUAAGUUUAUGACUCAUAGUGUCUAUAGUACUGUUUUUCCAGAAAUGACCCAAACUUUCCUAAAGGUGAUUUUUCUCUUUCUGAAAGAAGGAUUCAUUCCACCCUUGCGCACUAGCAUAGAGAUUUGCUUACUUAUUUUAAUCACAUGUACAUGUGUGUGAUUGUGUGUGGGUAUGUGCAUGUGUGUGCAGGUUGUGCAAGAGGCUGAAGAGGGUGUCAGGGCUGCUGAAGAGUCAUAGGCAGUUGUGAGACACUCUGUGUGGGUGCUGGGAAGCAAACAUGGGUCCUCUGGAAGAUGCUUUUAACUACUGAGUUAACUCUCCAGCCCUGAGAAUCACUUGUUAAGUCAACAGGAGAUUCCUAUGUAGGAGAGUUAGGGGAAUCCACAUUUGUUUAUGGAGGUAAAAGAAUUCUUUAAUGCGACAAGUACAGUUUUAAGAAACUACAGCUUUUCCAAAGACACAUCAUGGAAAAUGCUUUUUUUCAAUAGUUGACUAUCUUGCAAGAUAAGUGUCAGAGUGUAAAAUAAAGGAGAUGGGAGGAAGGAGGCAGAGGGUCCCUGGGUCCCUUCAAUGAAAAGAGACUUACUGAAAUUACCUAAGGUGAAUCCUGCCACAUGCUUAGAAGCAGAGGUCAGGAAAAGACAAUCUUCUAAGAAACAAGAAACACAAAGAGGUAUUAAGAAGGAAGAAUGAAAGGCCAGCGUACAUUUAUUAUCUGAAGCAGACAAGUAAACUCGUCAGCAUUACACACCUAUACCAUGUUGGGCCAUAUAUGUGCUACCCCAGACCUGCAGAAACCCAGCCCACUCCAGAAGUAGCCAGUUACUAAAUCUGGUGUAGCAUCUGGUGUACAUGGAACAAUACAUGGGACGUAGCAACGAAUGUAUGUGAAGCCCUGAAAGGGACAGUGGCAAAACCUUAUGGGUUUUCCUCACCUUUGUAUCCACAAAAGCAUCCCAACACUACGUUAGGCUGCCCUGAGUUAGUAUCUUGGGAGUGCCUCAGAGACACCCCAUCUGAAGUUUCUAUGAGAGUGAAACAUAAAUAGGUGACAUUUAUCUAUUAGUCACUCUGAAAACAAACACAAUCAAGUGAAUCCAAAAGAAUGUGGUUAGAGUAUGAAGACGACAUGCAGGCUUCUUAGCCACCACCUUGGCUGUUUCUUAUCUAUCUGAUUUAUCCCCAAACCGUCCCCUCCCCCUGAAUCUCUUUGAACGUUACACCCUCUGUUUUCAAAUCCUCUGUCUUCUGUAUCUACAUCCAUUGAGCCUCACUCCUAAAGUGCAAAUAGAAGUCAGCAUUAUCUUUAUCUGUCUCCAAAACACAUGUUGCUUUCCUAUUGGGGAGAUAAGCACAUUAGGGUUUCCUGCCUGGUUCUCAGUCAGAACACCAGUGUCUGAUCGUUUGUGAGUCCUCCCCACCGGAUCUCGCCCCAUAGUAAAGGCCAGGAGGACACAUAAGCACUGCUCAUUCACCUGCAGCAAAAGAUUUCCCAACAAUGUAUAAUAUCGAGUUACUGAAUUCAGGAUUUCUUUGGAUUGGGGGUUUCGCCAAGAAGACUUGCAAGUCUCUAACAGUCAUUUCCUUUUGAUUUCUCUGCUUCUUUUGGAGCCUGUAUAUAUCUGUCACGCUAUUAUUGAUUUUGUGAUGUCUUGUUGUCUCUCACAGAUGUCAGGCUAAGUUGCUUUUCCAAAAGAUGCAUAGCUCAUAUUUUUUCCACAUAAUUUCCUUCUCACAGGACAGUUCUUACGAACAAAUUUAAAUGCUUUUUGUAUAGUGUUUACCAUAUUUGAUGAGCCAUAAAUAGUAAAUACAUAGUAUACCAAUGCCCAGAAUAGAAUAGUUAACAGUAUUUUGAUGAAAUACUAUUUUUAGAUUAUAAAUUUCAAGAUGAGUCUAUAGUAUCUUGUUUAAAAAAAUUUAAAAAGACAAUUGAAAUUUAAAUAUAGUAGACAUUUUUUUAUUUAGGGAAACUUCUAUGAUCACUUUUAAGAAGCCAUUCUAAUAAAAUGACCUAAUUGGCCCAAAAGAUAAUAGCUAUCACUUUCUAAUAGCAACCAAAGGAAAUUUAGAAAAUGUCUUUCUUUUUAUGUACUACCAUUUGACUGCUGUGACCACUGCUUCGCGCCGAAGUCUCAGCAUUCAACAAAACUUGUUUCUCCAUCACUCUUAUCUAGGACAGUUUUCAGAAUCUACAAUCUCGUAUAGGACUAAGAAAUCCACUAUGCUGAACAUUUCUAAAACUACCCCAGCUCUGGAUGUUUACAUAGUUCAUGAAUGAGUGGGGAACUCAAAGUGCUGCCCCAGGAAAGACUAUAGCACCAAAAAUCAACCCUUGGCUGGGGUUUGGGGUGGGGGAGUGAUAUAAUGUUGUUAGGGGAAACAUGGGGCGUGGACUGGGGUAUUCUACGGAGAGCGUGGAGCGAGUUGACCCCUGGGCAUUGUCCAUGGUUCUGACUCGUAGUUGAUCACGGAAACAACUAUUUCUGGAAACACUAAGGUAUCCAUGGCUCUUGUAUGAAGGUGAUGAGUGAUGUGAGGAAAUAAAGAAACAGACACAAAAUGACAUAGGUGGAGACCACCAGAGAGAAGCCAUGGGGAACGGAGCAUGGUUCCAUACAGUUCCUCCCACCCACCCCAAGUCUGGGAAACCAGAAAAUGGGGUUGCUCACCCUCCCGGCAAUUCUGCUUCUUUAGAUUCACUUCUUCCUUCCCACCACCAUCUUCCUGUUGACUGCUAAACAUCUGCCCUGUUUGUUCUGAUUCCCUGGUAUACCUGAGAGAAGUGAAGUACCAGGGAGAUUGCUGCUUAUGGAGGAAGCUCCCUGUGUGUUCGUGUGAUCGCAUGACUUACAGGGAUUUGCAGCGGCCCUUCUGGACCCCCAGAGCAUGUCCAUUUCAUCUGGCUUCCAACCAAAAGAAUCGUAGAUCGCCAUGUCGCAAGAAAUUUAAACCAAACAAUAGUACCCCUGCAGGGAAUGUACAGUAUCGAAACCUGGAGAAAAUAUCACCUUAUUUCCCAACUCAUCAUUUUUUAAAAGGUUGGAGAGAUGAUACACCCUUUUAAAGAUAAAAUAAAAAAUUAUCUGAAUUCCAGUGCCUCUUUCACAUGGGCACCCGAUUUCUAUCACCCAGAAGUCUGUGAAUCAAUUUAAAGAAAUCUUUCCCAGCAGUGCCAGCUAAUUUUCAGCACUUUUUAAGCAAAAUGAACUUUAAAAAAAAAAAAAGUCAUUCUUAGUUGAAGGUAUGUACAUAAAAAAGCAUGAUUGAAUGGCAAUAUUGUAUCAAUGGAUGUAUAUUUGUAAUAUUUGUAAAAUAAAAAAUCCAAAACCUUACAAUAUGAAUUUACACAUGUUAAUUUGCCUCUUCUAAGUUCUGUAAAUUGCACUUUGGUGAUAACUGAUAAGUGAAUGUUUCUCUUAAGUGAAUAAAAAUAUCAAGUAAAGUUGUUCUUUC